GGUGGCGGCGCAGGCGAGGAGCUGGCUCUCAGGCUCGGCCAGGAGCGAAGGCAGCAGCCACCGGGGCCCGCAGCUCGCAGCAUCCCCCCCCACGCGUGUCGUCGAGCAGCCGUCCCAUGAAGCCGCCCUCGGCGCAGAGCAGCCCCGCGGCGGCCGCGGCCGCAGCCCCGGCCAUGGACUCCGCGGCCGCCGCAGACCUGACGGACGUGCUUUGCGAGUUCGACGCCGUGCUGGCCGACUUCGCGUCGCCCUUCCACGAGCGCCACUUCCACUACGAGGAGCACCUGGAGCGCAUGAAGCGGCGCAGCAGCGCCAGCGUCAGUGACAGCAGCGGCUUCAGCGACUCCGAGAGUGCAGACUCGCUCUGCAGGAACAGCUUCACCUUCAGUGAUGAGAAGCUGAAUUCUCCAACCGACUCCACUCCUGCCCUGCUGUCCUCCACUGUCACUCCUCGGAAAGCCAAAUUAGGCGACACAAAAGAGCUUGAAGACUUCAUUGCCGAUCUGGACAGAACAUUAGCAAGUAUGUGAAGCAAGGAGUUUGGGGAGCCAUAUGCCACAAGAGUUGAAAUUCUGGAGCACUCCAAGGACCUGGCAAAGUCGGCUACUAGAAUCUGUCGCAGGAGGGGACAGAGCUGAGGCUCACCCUAACAUUAGCCGUUGGGCCUAUCUCCAGGCAAUUCAGACAGUGACACUGACUUUGCUAACCUGCCUGCAGCAUGUCCAACAGAUGAUCUAUCUAAUGUGUUUAUACUCCUUAAACAUAGCUUGUCUAUAAUUCAAAGUGCUUUUAUGGAGAUUUUGUAAUUACUUAUAUAUAGUUGGAGGUCAUAAUAAGCUUUCCCAUCAUAAUAUAUUUUUGUAUACAAAUAAAAUUUAAACUGGAA